AUGGUUGAUCUAUGUACAAAAAAAAGUUAUGAAUCAAAAAAAGAUAUUGGAUCAAGAGGAAUUAUCAAUGAUAUACCUAUAGAUUUAAAUCAGGAUUUAUUAACACAAGAUACAUUGAUAGAUCUUCCAGACGUUGUUGACACAUCAAGUGAUAAUGAUCAAGAAACCAAACCAGUUUCUUAUGAAGAAAAUUAUUCUGACAGUAGCGAAGUUAAUAGUGAAGAAUGUCAGGAUGAUAAUGAUAUCAAAGAAAUAUCAUCCAGCAGAUUUGAUGCGCCAGAAAAUGUAUACAGUAAUGACAAUGCUCUAGAAGUGCCUAUUAUCGAUUAUAGCAAAGACUCUAAUUAG